CGGAAGCGACUGCCUGCGUGGUGUCGGCGCACGGAGCGGGCGAUGCAGACCGACGCCAAGAUGCGCGCUGAGUACGGGACAGAUUCCUGCCCUCGGGGCCCCGGCUGCAGCCUCCGGCACUUUGCUUGCGAACAGAACCUGCUGUCCCGGCCGGAUGGCUCUGCUUCGUUCCUGCAAGGAGAUACCUCCGUCCUAGCAGGCGUGUAUGGGCCGGCAGAGGUGAAGGUCAGCAAAGAGAUCUUCAACAAGGCUACACUGGAAGUGAUCUUGAGACCAAAGAUCGGGCUGCCUGGUGUAGCGGAGAAGAGCCGGGAGCGGCUGAUCAGGAACACGUGUGAAGCAGUGGUGCUGGGGACGCUACACCCCCGCACCUCCAUCACCAUCGUGCUGCAGGUCAUCAGCGAUGCUGGCUCUCUCCUGGCCUGUUGCCUGAACGCUGCCUGCAUGGCAUUGGUAGACGCAGGUGUGCCCAUGCGGGCUCUCUUCUGUGGUGUCACCUGUGCCCUGGACUCUGAUGGGACCCUUGUGCUGGACCCCACAGCCAAGCAAGAAAAGGAGGCCCGGGCAGUCCUGACCUUUGCACUCGACAGCGUAGACCAGAAGCUGCUCAUGUCCACCACCAAGGGGCUCUACUCUGAUGCUGAGCUCCAGCAGUGCCUGGCUGCAGCCCAGGCUGCCUCACAACACGUCUUCCGCUUCUACCGGGAAUCGCUGCAGAGGCGUUACUCCAAGAGCUGAGGCAAGCUGGGGCAUGGUGCCCCUCCCGCCGCCACCACCCACUACCUCCAGAGCAAAAUAAACCAGCGGCCCAGCCUUGCUGCUCUGUCCUUGUGUACCCGGGGAUGACCUGAACCACCCCAGGAGAGCACUUGACUGCAGCCCCCAGGGUUGAGGGGACACAGACACCCUCACACACACUGGGAAAACACAACUAGGAUUGCACGUUUACUGAAUGAAUUCACUUAGUCUAACAAAUAUCUGUGGAGCACCCACCUGUGCAGGCCCUGCCAGGUCCUGAGGACCCGGCAGUGAAUGAGAAACCCAGGUCCCAGGUUCAAGGAGCAGUGGGGUGGUGGGCAAAUAAAAUUGGUGUUUGUCA